AUGUAUGAAAGUAUUGUUGAUCAAAUGAAAUCGUAUGAACAGUUAAAAUUAAUUGAUUGGACAAAUAAAGCAAGAUUAUUGGCUGUAUGCCAAAUGAAUAGUAACAUACUAGUUUGUAUUAGAACACAAACUAAUACAGAUCAAAGUCAUUCUGAAAGUAAUUUACUUAAGAUCGAAGAUUUAAAAGAUUGGUUAAAGUGUUCUAGAAAAUCAAAUCAAAUACUAUAUGAUAGUAAACUAAUGUUUAAAACUAAUUUUAAUGAUCAAGUUUAUGAGCUAAUUGAAGAAGCAGAGAUGAUGGAAAACUUGGGAAUUGUUUUACCUGGAGAAAUGCAAAUGUUAUUAGCUAAGAAAAAUAGUUUACUGGAUGACAUAAUGAAAGUGAAAAACGUGGUUAAUACAUAUAAUACAUUUAUUUCUUCUAUGAGCAAUUUAGAAGUAAGUUUUCUUUGA